AUGGUCAACUCUUGGGGCUUACUCACUUUCGUUGUGUGGGCUGCGGUGGCCGCGGUAAAUCCUGUGUCCUGCGACGCUCACGGUAGACGGCUUGACCCUGAUGGAUACACCGACAGCAGCCUGAAUGUCCAUGAGGCGAGGUCGAGUGUUCCCUUGGAUUUCUUCAAUACUGGACCUGCUCCCGCGGAGGAGACUCUGAAGCUACGCUUCGCACUGGCUCAGAGCACUCCCUACGCCAUAGUGGACGCGCUGUACAAGGUCAGCGACCCGAAGAGUCCCCAAUACGGACAGCAUCUCUCGAAAUCAGAGGUCGAGAAGCUCGUCGCGCCUAGCUCCGCAGCAGUCGACGCUGUCAAUGCGUGGCUGCAGCAGAACAGUCUCAAUGGUACCGCGCUCUCCCCCUCGGGAGACUGGGUCGGAUUCGAGGUCCCCGUCGGAAAGGCCAACACCCUCUUCAACGCUAACUUCUCUGUGUUCGAGCACGGGACGUCAGGCAAGCAGGCCAUCCGGACCAUGCUUUACUCCCUGCCGCCGAGUUUGCAGGGACACGUCGAUCUCAUCCAUCCCACGACUUCAUUCCCGGCCCCCGUCGCGAAGGGGGAGAUAGUUGGGAUCAAGCGUUCUGUGGAGCCCGUCCGGCUCGCCAAGCGGAAUCUGACCGCAGACUGCACAGAUGAGACGAUCCCGGAAUGCGUGCAGUUCUUGUACGACAUUCCUCUUACACCCGCAACGAACGCAAGCAAUCGCCUCGGCGUUACGGGCAGGUUUGGGAACAGCGCGCACUUCAGUUUCUUGCAGCAAUUCUUGGAGAUGUUCCGGCCGGACAUGAACUCGUCCAUCACAUUCUCUGUAGUGGGUAUAGACGGCGGGACCAAUGACCAAACAGGUCCUUCAGUGUCGGAGGGUGAACUCGACAUCCAGUAUACCGUCGGCCUCGCGACAAACGUCCCGGUCACGUAUUACUUCCUCGGUGACGACUUCCAAGAUGAUGGGCUUGAUGGGUACCUGGACGAGGUCAACACCAUCCUCGCGGAGGAGAACCCACCCCAAGUUCUCACCACGAGCUACGGAAUGACCGAAAGCGCCAUCUCCUUUGCACUCACGGACAAGUUGUGCAAGGCAUACGCGCAACUGGGCGCCCGGGGCACCUCCAUCCUCUUUGCUUCGGGAGACAGUGGUGUCGGUUGCCCUGCCGAAGGGGACGACCUCGUCUUCCAGGCUACCUUCCCCUCAAACUGUCCUUACGUCACCUCGGUAGGAGGCACAUCUGGGUUCCCCAAUGAGGUCAGCUGGCCGGGCUCCUCCGGUGGAUUCUCCAACUACUUCGCCCGGCCCUCGUACCAAGACGCGGCUGUCGACACCUUCCUUGCUCAGCUCGGUGACAAGAACGCGGGCGCAUUCAACCGCACCGGUCGCGCGUUCCCCGACAUCUCGGCUGCCGCGAACGGGUACAUCAUCUUCGCCGCGGGGCUCACCGGGAUCACCGGCACGAGCGCGUCGAGUCCCGUCACGGCGAGCAUCAUUGCGCUCUUGAACGAUCGCCUACUCUCCGCGGGGAAGCCGCCACUUGGGUUCUUGAACCCGUGGCUGUACUCUGAAGCCGCGGCGUCGUUCAAGGACAUCGUCUCUGGGAACAACUCCAUCAUAUGCGACAGGACUAACCCUCAGCUGCCGAGAGGAUUCGAUACUGCUGUCGGGUGGGACCCGGUGACCGGUCUGGGUACUCCCAGCUUCACGAAGUUACUGGCUCUCCUCGGUCUAUGA